CUCCAACAGAACGUCAAAUCUGCGCAGAGCGCAUACUGUUGUCACCAUGCCCGUCUCCAAGUCCACGAAAAAGUUCGAAAAGAACAAGCUCGGCGAUGUUCUCAAGGCACGCAAAAAUGUCGCCAAGAUCAAGCAGAGGAAGCAGAUGGACGCGAAGAAGAAGCAGCGCAAAGCAGCCGACAAUGCAAAGGCCGAGGAUCUUGAAGAAGAGGGCGCGAAGAAGCCUAAGAAGUCUGCCAAGGAAGACAACUUCGGAGACAUGUCCAUGGACCAGUUCUUCGAAGGCGGCUUCGAUAUCCCCAAGAUGAAGAAGACAAAACCGAAGACCGGAAAGCGCAAGCGAACACCUGUUGAGGAGGACGGCUCCGAGGGCUCAUCAGACGAGGAAAUGGCCGAUGCGACAGCGAACGGCGAAGACUCUGCUUCAGACAGCGAAUCGGGCGACGAUGCUGAGACACACAAGCGCGACAUCGAGGCGCUGAAGGAGAAGGACCCCGAGUUCUACAACUACCUGAAGAGCAACGAUGCAGAGCUGCUGGACUUCGCCGAAGACGCCGAUCUGGCCGAGAUCGACGCGCUCAGCGCCAGUGAGGACGAGACCACACCAAGGAAGAAGCAGAAGAAGGCUGCGAAGGACGACUCCGAUUCGGACGACGAGAGUGAGGCUGCGACCGGCAAUGAGGUUACGAAACAGCUCAUCCAGAAGUGGAAGUCGGCCAUGGAUACAAAGUCGUCGUUGAGAGCCAUGAAGGAGGUUGUACUGGCCUUCCGUUCCGCAGCACAUCUGAACGAUGACGAAGGGAAAGCGUACAAGUACUCGAUUUCAGAUCCCGAUGUCUACCACCAGGUCCUGGUAUCUGCUCUCACAUUCGUCCCCAAGGUCCUGCAACACCACCUGCCAGCCAAGGAGAGCGCAGGAGGAAAGAUCCGCGUCCCAACAGACUCGAAGAAGUUCCGCACAUUGACGCCCUUGCUAAAGUCGCAUACGGUCUCGAUUCAGCAUCUCCUCGAGAACCUGUCAGACGCCUCGACUCUGCGCAUGACCCUCGAUUCGCUGUUGAACCUGCUGCCAUACAUCCUCUCUUUCAAGAAGGUCGUUCGCGAGAUCGUCAAAACUGUGGCAGAUGUUUGGUCUGACUCGUCUAACAACGAAGUCACUCGACUUGCAGCCUUCCUGGUGUUGCGACGCCUGAUGGUCAUUUCUGACCCCAGCCUUCGCGAAGCAGUCCUGAAGCAGGUCUACCAAGGCCUUGUCAAGGGUGCGCGGAACACCACAAUCCACAACAUCCAAGGCAUCAACUUGAUGAAGAACACUGCCUCCGAACUCUGGGGUCUUGAUCCCACUGUAGGCUACACUACAGGUUUCGGCUUCAUCCGCCAGCUGGCCGUUCACCUGCGUUCCAGCAUUACCAACAAGACGAAAGACUCGUACAAAACAGUCUACAACUGGCAAUACGUACACUCUCUCGACUUCUGGUCGCGCGUGAUCGCCGCCCACUGCGAAUCCCUACGCGAGGCCGAGUCUGGCAAGCCUUCUCCCCUUCGACCGUUGAUCUACCCCGUCGUACAAGUCACUCUUGGAGCCAUGCGCCUCAUCCCCACAGCGCAAUACUUCCCCCUCCGUUUCCAACUCAUCCGCUCCCUCCUCCGCAUCUCCUCCGCAACAUCGACAUACAUCCCGCUCGCGCCCGCGCUCGUCGAAGUCCUGCAAUCCGCCGAGAUGAAGAAACCGCCCAAACCGUCCACCCUCAAGACGCUCGAAUUCAGCACGCAGAUCCGCGCUACAAAAGCGUAUCUGCGCACGCGCAUCUACCAGGACGGCGUGGGCGAGCAGGUCGCCGAGCUGUUGUCAGAGUUCUUCCUGCUCUGGACCAAGAACAUCGCAUUCCCCGAACUCGCCCUCCCAGUCAUUGUGAUGCUCAAGCGCUGGGUCAAGGCUAUGACGAAGAAAAGCUCCGGCAACCGAAACGCAAAGAUCAACUCGCUCUUCGCGCUGCUCAUACAGAAGCUCGAGGCCAACACAAAGUGGAUCGAGGAGAAGCGUACAAAGAUCGACUUCGCGCCCAAUGACCGCGCCGGCGUCGAUAACUUCUUGAAGGGCCUUGAGUGGGAGAAGACGCCGCUUGGUGCGUAUGUGGCCGGCCAGAGGAAGGUUAGGGAGCAGAAGCAGAAACAGUUCGAGGAUGCGCGCAAGAUGGAGGAGAAGAAGAGGAAACAGUAUGAGAAGGAGGAUGAGGAUGCUAAGGCGGAUGUUUUUGAGGAGGAGAGUGGGGAGAUGGAGGAAGAUGAGGAUCUGGAAGAUGAUGUCGAUGAUAUCGAGGAAAAGGACAGUGACGAUGAGUAGAUGGGUGAUCGAGAUUCGUGAUUGUUGGUUGAAUACUGUAGGACCUAUAUCAUGGCGCGGUAGUAUCACGCCCGAAAUGGAGAGAUGUCG